AUGGCCGGUGAAUUACCUCAAGAGUUAGGUAAUCUGACGUUGCUCGAGUAUUUCAGUGUGGAAAACUCUUUGUCCGGUUCCAUGCCAUCUUCCAUCUUCAACAUAACGACCAUGAUCUAUUUGGAUCUUUCUUCCAACCAAUUUUCAGGUAAGAUCCCAGCUGGUUUGUGCGAUAACCUCCCGCACUUGCAACUGCUUUAUCUGUCGGCUAAGAAACUCGAGAGAAACUUGAGUAUGCUCAGGGAGCUGUAUCUCGGGUUUAGUGAUUUGAAAGGUGGAAUUCCGGCGAACUGGGGAGUCUCUCACAGUUGGAGAUGGCCCAUACCAAAUCAAGUUGGAAACUGUACUUCCCUUAAGCAUCUACGACUUGGCUAUAAUUACUUAACAGGUGAAUUGCCACUACAACUUGGUAGCCUAGCAUCCCUCGAGACCUUCACAGUCUUCAGUAAUUCCUUAUCCGGCUCCAUCCCACCUUGCAUUUUCACCAUAUCAACCUUGAAGCUUCUGGAACUUUCCAGCAACCAGUUUUCUGGCCCCUUGCCCCCACGGCCCAAGUUCUCACGCCUGACUAUUCCAUCUGCAUAA